GACAGCACAAGACAAAUAUUAAAGCAUGAGUUGUUCAGUAAAGGGUUCAGAAGAGUAUAGAGAAUUUUCCCAAGAUUUUGGAAUGGAAGAGGAAGAGGAUCUGUUUGAGAUUGACCUUGAUGCAGUGAACUGCAUUUCACCACCUGAUGGUUGGGAAAGUUACUGCACUUCCACAGGGAACAUUGCACUUUUGGCCAAUUGUUUGUUGCCAAUAUCUGAUGUUUCUUGCGCUGUUCCAGCAGUGUCUUUUGCAGGGAAGAGCAAUGUUUUGCUCAUCACAGAGCCAUCAUCGCUGGGGGAGUAUCUCAGCCUACCCUUCUUGGGGGCUCUUGGAGUUGUACACGAGAACAUGGAAGCACAAUUUCAUUUCCAGUUUCAACGUUAGUGAAUUACUUGGAAAAUGCUAUUGCUUAGUUAUACCAAAAUAUCUCAUACUUGUUUUAUUUUAUCAAACAGAAACUGCAGUUUGUUCAAAACAACAUUCUAUAGCAAAGUUGUAUUCAAUGACAUGUUGGAACUAUUAACACACAUUCAUUUAAAACAUUACUCUACUUGUCUCAAUUGCAACUAUUCAACUAGUUUCUACACAUCACGAAAUUCAGUUCUUCACCAAAUGGAAAAAGUUGUAUAGAGUUUACUAUUUGUGUGAUUGAUUGAUGAGAUCAUAGGCACCCAUAAUAUA